UUUCUUUGCAGAUUUUUGAAAAAUACAAUGUCUAAUGGUUAUGAAGACCACAUGGCCGAAGACUGCAGGGGCGACAUCGGGAGAACGAAUUUAAUCGUCAACUACCUCCCUCAGAACAUGACCCAGGAUGAGUUACGAAGUCUGUUCAGCAGCAUCGGGGAAGUCGAAUCUGCAAAGCUCAUUCGGGAUAAAGUAGCAGGACACAGCUUGGGCUAUGGUUUUGUGAACUACGUGACUGCAAAGGAUGCGGAGAGAGCCAUCAACACGCUGAACGGCCUGAGGCUCCAGUCGAAAACCAUCAAGGUGUCAUAUGCGCGCCCAAGCUCAGAGGUCAUCAAAGAUGCCAACUUGUACAUCAGCGGGCUCCCACGGACCAUGACCCAGAAGGACGUGGAGGACAUGUUCUCUCGGUUUGGACGGAUCAUCAACUCCCGAGUCCUUGUGGAUCAGACCACAGGUUUGUCCAGAGGGGUUGCGUUUAUCCGGUUUGACAAACGGUCGGAAGCAGAAGAGGCAAUUACCAGUUUCAAUGGUCAUAAACCCCCAGGUUCCUCCGAGCCCAUCACAGUGAAGUUCGCGGCCAACCCCAACCAGAACAAAAAUGUGGCACUCCUCUCGCAACUCUACCACUCGCCGGCUCGGCGCUUCGGGGGCCCCGUCCACCACCAGGCACAGAGGUUCAGGUGGCUAUCAUUGCUCCCGAUGGGGCAGGGUAUAAGGCGGUUCUCCCCUAUGGGUGUAGAUCACAUGAGUGGGCUUUCUGGUGUCAAUGUCCCCGGAAACGCUUCUUCGGGCUGGUGCAUCUUCAUCUACAACCUGGGCCAAGACGCCGACGAGGGCAUCCUCUGGCAGAUGUUUGGGCCCUUUGGCGCCGUCACCAAUGUGAAAGUGAUCCGCGACUUCAACACCAACAAGUGCAAAGGGUUUGGCUUUGUGACCAUGACAAACUAUGAAGAAGCUGCGAUGGCCAUAGCCAGCCUGAACGGCUACCGCCUGGGGGACAAGAUCUUACAGGUUUCCUUCAAAACCAACAAGUCCCACAAAUAACUCGCUCAUGCUGUUUUUGUACGGAAUAGAUAAUUAAGAGUGAAGAAGUUGAAACUUUUUUUGUUAGUGUACAACUCAUUUUGCGCCAAUUUUCACAAGUGUUUGUCUUAGUCUGAAUGAGAAGUGAGAAGGUUUUUAUACUCUGGGAUGCAACCAACAUGUUCAAAUGUUUGAAAUCCCACAAUGUUAGACCAAUUUUAAGUUUCGUAAGUUAUUUCCUUUAAGAUAUAUAUUAAACAGAAACCUAAGUAGACUGCAUUGACUAACCAGUCCCUCUGGAUGGUGGUGAACUGAAGCAUGCUUUCACUUCUAAGACUGUCUAACACUCGUUCAUUCGAUGUUUCCACAAAUGGGAUAAAAACAAAUGAUCUUUUAGUUUUAGUUUUUAACCUAAAGAUGUUAGACAGAUGCUGAGUGUGCGUUUUCUCAACCGCUUCAACAUUUUAAGCAAUUUAUGCUUUGGUUGACAGGAAGUUGCUUUCCCAAGCAGGUCUCAUUGCCACCUCCUGCUCACUCAGUCCUGGGCUCUGCUGAGGGGUCCUGGGAGUGGCAGCAGGCCCGCCCAGCGUGGGCCACCACUGGGGCAACGGGCCGCAUGCUGGGCCGGGCCCUCCAGAGAAGGACACAUACGUGUUUUGUAAGCCCAGGCACCUAUGGGAACGGACCAAAGAGUUUCAGGGAAACUCCAGUAUAUUCCAGAGUCAGAUCUAAGCUCCAGGCUUGCCUGAAGAUGUGUUUGCUACUCUGACACCCCGAAUUUCUGUCCACACAUUGCAUGCAUGGUGCCCACACAUCGGAUACUGUUGUUCACAAUAAUUUCUCCAGUUUCCAAGAGCAUUUAACAUAGCUUGAAGGCGUCAGAGAGCUCUAUUUUUUAAUAACACAGAAACAUUUGAGCAUUGUAUUUCUCGCAUCCCUUCUUGUGAGCGCUAGACUUUUCUAUUUUAGUCAGAUUUUGUUUUGGAAUUUUGCUUUCGUAUGAACACUCAGCAAACAAGUACUUACUUCUUGCCAGUUAUCUAUUAACAGAAACCUUUGAUUUGUAGUUUUAAAGAUUAACCCUCAAAGUUCUCUUCAUAACUGCCUUGACAUUUUGGGUUGUUCUGUUCUGUUAAUUUUCUUUUGCUUUUUUGUGUUUUUUGUUUGUUUUUACUUUUGCAUUUAAGACCAUUAAAUUUGAUUUUGUUUUGCUCGAAUUUUGUUUUGUUUUUUAUUUUGCCUUUUCUUUCUUUUUGGCUAGGGAAGGUACAGAUGGCCCAGCAUUCCAAGAGAAUUCAUAAGAUCUUAAGAAACAAAUACUUGCCUGGAAACACCAUUUCUGAGUCUGUGAUGUAAGAAUGGGCAGUCAUGGGUUGGUGGCUUUUCAAGCAGGAGCCGGUAGGAGAGUCUGACAGAGGCCUGUGGUGUAGGCAGGGCCACAUCUCCCAAAACGCUUCAGGACUGUGAUCUGAUCUUUAUAAAUAACUAGUAAUUCAGAGAGAGUCAAAAACAGGAUAACUUAGUACCAACAGUUUUUACCCUUGACCUGAGAUGAAAACGUGACGAUAGGCUGUUUUGUAGUUUUUGAUAUCAUGGAAUGGCAGCUUUAUUUAUCUAUUUAUUUAUCUAUCUAUUUAUUUAUUUAUUGACGUGGUCACUUGGGCAAGCAGCAUUGCCAGUGUCUCGAGAAGCCCUUGGGUGAUUUGAGGCUGCCUGUCCCGCCCCCUUUCCUGACCCUUCACUGAGGGGCUGUCUGUGUCAUCCUCACACAUGGAAGAUGCGGCCAUCUGUACCCAAUCCCUGUCUCAGAAGGGUCGGCCAGGCGCCACAGGAGUCUCCUUCCUCCAGCAGAAUUCAAGACCCUCCAUAAAAGCCGGAACUGAGACCUGUGGCCUAGAUUCCACACAAAAGAGGGUCCCUGCUCUAUCAUGCCAGAGCAUGCUGCACCUUGGACCAGAAUGUUUUCCCAGAAAAAUAAGCCUUUCAGUUUCCCCAGGCCACCAUCUUCUGAGUGAAGGCGGGCACCCCAACUCCAAAACAUCCCCUAAGUCUCACGUGCACACCUUCCUGCCAGCCUUAGCUAGUGUUCCACAGAGAACUCUGUCUUAUGGACUGUGAAAGCAAGGACAGGCUUGUGGCCAGCACCGCAGCUGCUUCCUCCCCUCCUUCUCUUAGAACCCUCUAGAUGAUUCUGAUGUGGGGCAGAAGAGAAGGAAAUGUGAAGUGUAUAAACCUCUGAAAGUGACCAGGGAAGUUUCUCAGUUCUGUAGAACUCUCCUUUGACGUGGUCUCCACUGUUUGAACAGCCUUCUUCCUAGAAAUUCCAAGGCAUUUCCUUGGGAGUCUUAAUUUACGAGAAUUUAGGAGUGCGCUUUUAAGAUGUCUUUCCUGAAAAGCAAUCUUCACUCCUGUCCGGGUACUAGUUGCCGGCCCUGUGCUCUCAAAGUUCAUUACUUGUUUGCAAAAGGAGGAUUUUUUUUUAAAUUAAAAAGGCACAACCCAAAAGAAACCAUUUCUUAAACAUUUUUACAUAGAGUAAUUGCAUUUGUGUUUAGCAAAAUGAGCUCUCCUUUUAUUUGGGAACUUUGGUGAAAAAGCAUUGAGUAGUUAAUGUUCGUUUAUCAACAGUUUGAUUUGGUAAAUACCAAAGAGACUUUGAAUUCUCUUUUGAACCUAUGUCACCCCUCUGGUAGUUACACCCUAACCAGCUCCAAGUUUGUGAACCUGCUUCUAAAUGAAUUACCUGUCUCCCCCUUGGCUCUGCCCUUAUUUCCUUGCUGGUGUCAUAUGCCAAGCCAGGGUUUUCCGUGCUGGCUGUGCCUCUGGUCGCGGUUCUGUGACUGCGAUUCCCUCCCGGGGCACCACAUCCCCUCCACGGCCACCAUCGUGCAUGAUAUCUGAAAGCCGGGCUUCCUGGGGCCCAUCUGCAGAUGGUGCCGGGUGGGUUCUGCCUUCCCCUCCUGGAAGGUGAGUCUUUCCCUUGCCAAGGACAGCUGCCUUAACCUUUGAGAGUCUGCACUUGGCGUCAGCAGUGGGAACCCGGCAUCCAGAGACUGAAUCAUGCUGUUGGAGGAUCCAAGGCCGGCACCUCGGACUGGCAGCCCAGAGGUCCCUGCUGGAUCAGAGAACUAGACGCCCCUGAAGACCCUUGGUGGCAAUCGCUUAGCCGGGCUUGCCUCCAAAUGAGGGCCGUUUUGUCUAUGAGGUGUGGAAAAGACACGACUUACCCCAGUCCUCAUCAGACUUGAAAAAAGUGAAAUUGACAUCACUUACUCGCUCUGUUUCACAUCAGAUUCAACCUGAUUUUAUUUCCACGUGUUUUUUGCAGCUUACUGUGUUGGAUGCAAGAAAUUAAGAAUAAGCUGACAAAGGGCCUGCACUCUCGUUCCACCCUCUUCCUCCACCUCCAUCCCUUCUAGUCUUCCCAGGACCUACCUCACCUGCGGGGACCUGAGGCAGCUCCUUGGGAGAGACCCCCAGGGCUCAUCGGAUUCCCCGGGUCCUGUCCCCAGACUUGCUGAGACAGCCCUGAAGUCACAAGUGCUUUCCGUUGAGUGGCAUUGAUAAUUGGCACGUUCUUAAUAGUAGCCGCAGAAUCAGAAUCUUGGAUCCCAGAGCGGGUUCACGUUAUUUCCAAAUCUUUCGAUUUUUCCCUGACCUUUAAUGAUUGUAUCAUAUUGCCCCAGAACCUUUCGGUGACGUAGUUCAGCUUUUUUCUUGGUCACUUAAAAAAAAAUUUUUUUUUUAAACUUGGAAGUCACCGCAGGUAGCUACAUGAGGUUAACGGAGACUUUGAGAGGACUGACUUUUUCUUCCACCAGAAGAGAAGGCUUUUCCGUUGGUUGGGGCCACCUCUUUUGCCAUGUGAUGUUCUGUUUACAGUGACUUGCUUUGGGGGAGGGGGAGUUUAUCAACUGAUGCCCGUGAUGUACAGUAGCCGGUUAGACAUUUUGUAUAUUAGUGUAUUUUAAGUUAUUGAUUUGUUUUAUAUAAAAUAAUUUAUUUUUCAGGUGCCAUUUUUCAUUUUAACUUUGUUUUUACAUGGGUUUGUUUUCAAUAAAGUCUGACACUGCUGUCCAAAAGUCAACAAUAAAAUGAAUCCCAUUGUGUUCUUUGGAAGAUGCUUAUGUAACUAGCUUUUAAAAUUAUUUUCAGGGAAAAAAAAAGCCCUUCUUAGCUUCCCAUUGCUUUAUUUUUUUUUUAAAUCCUUGUGAAUAAAUGUUCUUUAGUGUUUUAGGAGGAAAAAGCAAACCUAGAUUUUGAUAAUCCAGAAGAUUUCAGAUUAAUAAAGAAGCUUUGAAAGAGGACCAUUUUUCAAAAUUUUAGUGAAGUGUGAAUAUUUUUUGUCAAUGGCUUUCUCAAAGAGAAUGAAACUUUUGCACCAUUUUCAGAGUUUUUAUAGAGAUGCCAAAUUGAUAUAUUUACAUGUAAUGGAAACAUGAAAAAGUUUUAUUAAACAAUUGUUCAUAGCUGUGUAGACAUUUUAAUUCAGUUUCCAAAGCUCUCAAAAGCGUAUUUUUGGAGUAUGGAGUGCUAUGGUUUGGGGUGUUACUAAAUGAUUCCAAACAACUCAAUUGUCCGGAUACUCAGUUCUUCCCGCAGGUAUAAGGUUUGUGUUCAACGCUGUAUGUGAACUAUGACUGGAAUUCUGUGCUAUUUUGGUAAUAAAUGAAGUGGGAUCAUUGA